UACACCCUGUAUGCAUAUUUCUUGAUGUUCUCCAAGUUAAAGUAGUAACGGUAACAACUCGAAAGGUUGGUAUUAAAUAACUAAGGAGAAAGUAAAAGUUGGUAUCCACGUUGGUAGUCACUUAGAUGCUAGAUACGCUUGUGUUAAACAUUCAAUUUAUUGUUAUUAUUACAACAACUGUUUGUCACCUAUUUAGUCAUUUUUGAUUAGGUUUACCUGUAGAUUUAAUGAUUACUUUAGAUAGAUAGAUAAAUUACUCGCAAGAUUCUUUUUUCGCCUUUCACAGGCCUCAGUAACAUAGAAUUUCAUUUUCCAAUACCAUAAAUGUGAAAAACUAACAACAACAUUGUUUUAAAACCAUGUCCAGGCUGUGUAAAAUAGUUACCCUGUCUCUAUUUAUUGUUUUUUCUACCACUCUUGUUAAAUGUGAGACUGACUUUAAUGCAACAGGUGUAAGCGAACUUGUAGGUGUUAUUGUGAUAUUUAGACACGGCGACAGGACCCCUGUACAGCCGUACCCGAAUGACCCGUACAAAAACGAAUCGUUAUGGCCCGUGGGGUUUGGCCAGUUGACAUCUGUUGGUAAAAGGAGACAGUUGCGGUUAGGUCAGUGGUUGAGGUCGCGGUAUGACGGGUUCCUUCCCGACAAAUAUUCCGAGAAAGACAUCUACGUCAGGUCGACGGACGUCGACAGGACGCUGAUGUCGGCCGAGGCGAAUCUGGCUGGUCUGUACCCGCCUUCCGGCGAUCAGGUCUGGGACCAAGGGUUGCAAUGGCAACCCAUCCCCGUUCACACCAUUCCCGAGAAAGAAGACUACGUCCUUUCAGGUAAAAAGCCCUGCGUUAAAUACAACAGGCUCCUGAGGGAUCUCCUGAAGUCACCGGAUUUCGUUAACAUUAACAGGAAAAAUCACGAUCUCUACGCCUACUUGACUCGUUAUUCGGGAUCACUGGUUAACAGUUUAGAGACAUUAGAGAGUUUGUAUAACACCCUGUUUAUCGAGACCAUUUUUAAUUUUACUUUGCCCAAUUGGACCGUGCCAGUUUAUCCUAAAAAAAUGAGACCGUUCGCAGAGUUGAGUUUUGCCACUCUUUCGUUCACCGAGGAUCUGGCCAGACUAAAAACAGGACCUUUGAUAACGGAAAUGGUAAAUCAUUUUAAAGAACGCAUUUCUUACUUGGAAAGGCCAGAGGAGAAUAAUAACGAAAUUAAAAAUACGAGUGUAAGUUCUAACGGACAUUUUGAAAAAAUCGAACAACCGGAAGUGAAGUCCCGAAAGUUUUGGAUUUAUUCUGCUCACGACAUAACAAUCGCGAACGUUUUGCAAAGUCUAAAGCUUUUUCAAUACCACUGUCCGCCAUACGCGAGUACAAUAUUGAUCGAAUUAAGAUCGCUUAAAAGCGAGUAUUUCGUGAAUAUUUUUUACAAAAAUUCUACUGUUCCUCAACAAAUGAAAUUAAAGGACUGCGAAUUCAAUUGUCCUUUCGAUAAAUUCCUGAAGAUCGUCGAGCCACUUGUUAUCGAUGCCCAAACGUGGCAGAACGAGUGUAAUACAGAGGAUUACGAUUUCGAACCUUUGACUAUCGUCGUUUUAAUUGGACUGAUUUGUUUUAUUUUUUUGUCCUUAUUUGCCCUGAAAGUUUGUGUGGGGUCCUUGACCGACAAGAAAGAGCACACCAAAGGUUAUCCUUACUGGAGACUGGCGAAUGAAGAAGUUUGAUUUUAUUGACGGUGCCUCUUGUCUUUUGUUUUGGUACUCAAUGUAAAAAAAAAGACUAUAAAUCUUGACGAAUAAAAGGAAACUGUUGUUUGUUUUUA